AUGGCAUUCCCCACCACUUCAAAGGCAGUUUCCGAGGCUGAGGUUGGGGUGGACGGAAAACCAGUGCCGGGGGCAAAGAGGACCAAAUGUGAUGUCCGGACAGUUCCCAGUGAACUGCAAACAAUUGACAUCGCAAAGGAUGGCAACUGUGUAUACAGAGCCAUUGCUGAAGGCUUAGCUUGGCUAUCAGCCGGCAAACUCAAGGUCGAGCACAGGGAACUCCGUGCGAAAGCAAUUGCACACUUGCAGAAGCACAAAGAAGCAUAUUCUGCACAAUGGGACAAAGAAAGUCCCUCCGGCGAUCCCAUGCAAAGCUUCGACGAUUAUCUGGCGGCCAGCGCCCAGAACUGCGCCUAUGGGUCCCCUCUAGAGGUGGAGGCGCUAGCCCGAGUGUACGACGUCCAGAUAAUCUUGAUACCAUGCAUAGCCGAUUUCGCCAUUAUGAGGGCCUUGCUCCACCAGCAGUCGCACCAGCAAGGCUGCCUCGGUGUGCCAGACAAGCCUCGAGCAUCGUGCAAGCGCAAGCUUACCAAGACAGACAGUGAUGGCAGCCAGGACCUGUCCGGAUGCCACGAGGUGCCGCAGACCAAGCGCAUCUACAAAGAGGAUGCUGAACAGAUGUGUGAGUCUAGUGUGGCCAAGCACAAGACGUCUGCCUUAGUCAGCCAGAGUCUGGUGUGCAUAAAGUACGCUGCAGGUACUUUCGAGGUUCAAGGAACGGAUCAGCAAAGAGAGUCCAUCCUUGUUGUGGCCGUCUAUUUCCAGGCUCGCAAUGAAGCAGUUGCCCAGCAACAGGCCACGGAAGUGGUGGCAGCAGCGGCCUCGACUGGUCUUCGUUACGUUGUGAUUGGAGAUUACAACCUCGAACAACAUCAAGCUUCCCUCGGUCACACCAUCCAAUCAGGUGGCACGCACGCAUGCGACAGCUGCGACCGCACGGGGUCUCUCCCCAACACGGGGCCAGGACGCAAGCGCAGAAUUGAUUUUGCGUUGUCCCACUGGAGGCUCCAGGCUUCCUCUGUCCACCACAGAGAAUGCUAUUUCUCGGACCACUUGGUCGUGAAAUAUCACUUUCUGCCGAGUGCACCAUCGGCUCUUACAGGACCCUGUCGUAAGAAGAUCGCGGACAGAUCCUUGCAGCACAUUGAAGAACUCUUUCAGGCAUGCCAGACCCAAGAGAUCAGGCAGGCGAUUGAGGAUAUACGUUUGGACUCGGCGUGGGGUUUACUUUCAGACCUUGCUGAGCAAUGCCUUUGCGAACCCAGCCACCACUUUGUGCCUAGAUCUGCCGACUGGAAUCCCACUUCUCCAAGAGGGAGCUGCAAGACUAGGAAGGCUUUAUGCUCACCGGCGGUUGCCGGUCUACGCAAAUUGUAUGGACGGUUGCGCCAUUUCGGUAACCGCGCCUGGGACUUGCCUCUGGCUCACAAAAUCUUGGUUUCCCUCCCUGGGGUUAGACGUCUGGCGCCUGAACUUCCCUUCUUCUCUGAGGAGAAUCUGCGGUCUGCUGCUCCAACCGUCAGGCAGGUGCUCAUGGCAUAUGAGAAGCAGGAACGUGAUGCCAUCCUUUAUGCCUGGAAGGCAAAGCUCAGACAAGAGGACCAUCGCAUUCGUGCUUUUGUCAAAAACCGUACUGAGCAGCAGUUGUUAUAUGAACAGGGGGUCCUGGCUGAGCCUUGUCCCGAAAGGGCCAAGCACCCUGCCAAUGCAGUUCACGAGCAGGCCAGCACCUGGACUAAAAAGUGGAACUCGGUCCAAAAUCAUGAUUGGGCUGAACUCUCCAAUCUCCUGCAGGGCGUCCAGCGCCCACAACCUUGCAAGGUCACCAUGCGUGUUACUGCGGUGCAACUGCAGCAGAAUGCCAGGGCCAUGUCCAGUAAAGUCGGCGGCGCUGAUUCCUGGGAAGCAAGGGAUUUGGUGCGACUACCCACGGCCUGGUGGGAAUUGGCUGCAGCAAUUUGGAACAGGUCUCUCGAGCAAGGUAGACUACCCAAGGCUUGGUGCAAAGCAAAAGUAGUGCUGUUGUGGAAGAAGCAGGGUCGUACAAGGCCAAUCUCCCUCUUCUCCAUAUUAUGGAGAUCGGGCGCCAGGGCAUUGGCCACCAACAUGCGCCCCUGGUGCGAGUCUUGGCAAUCGCACUACGACGCAGGUGGACUACCUGCUACAAGCGUGAGUGCCGCUCAUAUGCAGUUGUAUCAAAGCCUGCGCCAAGGAGCUGGGGUCUUAGCCCAGCAAGAUCUAGCGGCUUUUUUCGACUCCAUUCAAUGGGGAGCACUUGAGACCAUUUUGCUGCACUUAAGGGCGCCGCCCGAGCUGCUGUCCAUCCUUAGCGCUUUCUACAAAAACUCUGGUCGCAUUUUUGUGCUUGAGGGUGCAUUUAGUAGCGGGUGGACUUCCCAGUUGACCGGCAUUGCGCAGGGCUGUCCUUUGUCGCCAUACCUGGCUGCGGCUGUGACGCACUGUUGGUGCGAGUUGACCAUCACCCAGGGCCUCACCGGGUUUGGCUACUUAGAUGACCGCACCAUUUUGCUCCAAGAAGGAUUUCCGCUUGAAAUCAUGCACAGAGCAUUGCACAGGUCUGCGGUUUUCGACAGAGCGUGCGGCCUCACCAGUGCGCCAGAUAAGUGUUUUCUUGCGGCGCGACAGCACACGGAUGCAUCACGGAGCAUAGCGUUGCAGUUUGGUUUGCAAGUGUGCGACAGGGUCGACGUCCUGGGGCUCACAAUUGAUUUCUAUGGGGGCUGGCAACUUCUUAAAUUUUCUUUAAGAAAAGCUGUCCUUAGACUGAGACUUUUGAAGUGGACCCAGACCAGCACUUUCAAAAAGCAAAAAUUGGUGCGAAGCUUAGUCCUGCCCUGCUUGCACUGGGCUGCUGCCUUUGCUAUUCCCAGCAAAGACGAUCUGUUUGCUGUCAAACAAGAGAUCUUUUCAUUAUUCAACCCAUGGUACGGACAGGAAGCCGCCAGAGUUUUGAUCUUUGAGCACUUGUCGUGGCAGCUUGAGCCUGAAUAUGCCACUGACAUCGCUUGCCUUCGUGAGAUCUGGCGUUUUGUUGCCAGAGCACCCAAGUGGACAGACACGUGCCCACUGGUGGCUGCUUUCCCCCAAUGGCAUGAGGUCUUUCCACGCGCUCAAGCUGUGCUAGACAAAUUGAAGUGGCGCCUGAUCGAGGGUGGCCGCAGCCUACAGCGUCUCGACACCAAUGGCGCUUCUCGCACGCUCGAAGUCGGAGUUGACUCCUUCAAGUGUGUGCACCAAUGGCUGACUGAUCACUUCAGAGGCGAGUACAUGAAGAAAACUGGAAAGACUUUUCUGUCAACCAAUUCCAAUCAUGCUCUGGAUGAGAACCGUUCACUUUACGUCUCCACCGACGGAGGCAGCAAAGACGACGUCGGAAGCUUUGCAAUUCACUUUGAGGAGCGGUCUUUCGGGGCAGGCACUGGCCACGAGGACCAAUCCGCCUUCAGGCAGGAACUGAAUGCCCUGUUGUUUCUCUCCAGGGGGCUCAAAGGUGCUGCCCGCAGCGGGGCAAGGAGGCAAGUCUUCGUGAUAUGUGACUGUCAGGCUGCAAUUUCGGCCAUACAAGCUCAUGAGGUUUCUGCUACAUGUCCACGCCUGAUACAGGAGAUCAAGCUCAAUAUUGGGCAUGCACAAAUUGCAGGAAUCACUACAACCUUCAUUUGGGUGCCGUCUCAUGGCAAAAAGCCAAACUGGAGUCCUGCAGGAGGACAUGAAGGGCAGAAGUUGAGAGAGCUCAAUGAACGUGUCGAUGCUCAUUGCACCGAGGUUCUCAACAGGCGCUUGCAAGGCUCUCUCAGGCAGAGAUGGCAUGCUGUUGCCCAUCACGCCAUGGUCUGGGAGUAUAAGGUCAUACAUGCCUCCGCCAAGGCUGCUGAGAGACUGCAUGAGCAUUUCAAGAAUGUAGGCGCAACCAACAGGGACCGCAAUGAGGCGGAGGCCUCAUAA